AGACCCAUACCAGUCUAUAGCAUUGGGUGGGAGACAGCGGAGCUUCUAGAAAGGGUCAAGAUUGAGGGGAAGUUCCGAGAUAAUGGAAUCCAUGUUAAUGGAGUUCGACUGUAUCUCUUAUAUUUUCUUUUUUCUUCUUUCGUUUAUCAAUAUGAUUCGUGGCACAUAUGCUUCUUAGGAUAUAAAUAAGCUGUUCGAUAACAUUGGUAUCAGUCUCAACGAAUCUCACGACUAAAUAUCCAGUCCACUAGAUCAAUAAAUUACCGAGCAUAAUAAUAAAUAGUUUGAAAAAUGGAUUUAGUAUUUCGUACUCGUACUCCUGGUGCUGCUGCUGAGGGUGUACGGGAUCAGUAUGCCGAUGGAAAAGCUGCUGAAGUCUGGGAAACUAUAGUUGGAGAUAAAAAACUACGUACUCAAGUUUACAAAGACUUUUUAGUGGGUUUAUUACGUGAAAAGGGUUGCAAGAGAAUCCUCGACGUUGCCUGCGGCACAGGAAUUGACUCUAUAAUGCUCAUCGAAGAAGGAUUUCAAGUUGUCAGUGUUGAUGCUUCUGAUAAAAUGCUCAAACAUGCGCUCAAAAACCGAUGGGAUCGAAGAAAAGAACCUGGUUUUGAUGAAUGGGUUAUCAAAGAAGCCAAUUGGUUAACACUAACUAAAGAUAUUGGACAUCUUAUCGGCGGUGGUUUUGAUGCUGUGAUUUGUAUAGGCAACAGUUUCGCUCACAUCCAUGACGCUUACGGCGAUCAGAGAGAACAGAAACAAAUAUUGAAAAACUUUGAGAUGUGUCUUAAACCAGGUGGCUUUCUUCUUAUUGAUCAUAGAAAUUAUGAUAACAUUUUGGAUGGUGGAGUUGCUCCAACGAAAUGCAUUUACUUUAACAGUCCGCAUAUGAAAGAUAUAAGAACCUCAGUCUUAUUGGUUUCCGGUGUGCCCCAAUUGGUUAUUCUGGAUUACUUCUUGUCCUUGGAUGAGAAUAACGAGAAUCCAGAGAAUCGACAUGAAUUUCGCUUAUCUUUUUAUCCUCAUCGGCUUAAUGCCUUCAAGGAUAUGCUACGAGAUAUAUUUUCCCAAAAGACCCACAAAAUUUUCGGUGACUUUAAACCUCUUAAUGAGGUAAAGGACCCAGUAUUUUUCGUUCAUCAGAUUGAAAAAAAAUAAUUGUCACAUACAAUUACACUGUAAAAAAUCGGGAGUGAAUACGGAUUUUAUUUCAAUCCGAAUUCACUCCAAUCCGAAGUUUUAAUACUUAAAUAAAUUUAUAUUUAAUAGAAACAGAUGUUUAUUAGAAACAUAAUUAUUUAAAUAAAUAAUUUAUUCAAUUAUUAAUCAUUAAACUUAAAAUACUGUUUUCGAUUUAUAAAAUGUUUUAGUAACUCACUACAUUAUAAUUUCGUAUAUAUAAUAAAUAGUAACAAUAUUAAAUUAAUAAAUAAGGAUAGUGAUUCAAUUGUUACUUCUAUA